GUUAUCGGGUGUGCGGGUUGUGAUAAGGUGGACUUCAAUAAUUUGGAUUCUUGCACUUCACUUGGUGGAAUUAAUAUUAGAAUGUUAGGGUUUGUAAUCCAAGUGAGAAUAUAUACAUUUGUAUAUUCUCACUUGGAUUACAAACUAUUCUCAUUUGGAUUACAAAAUAUAUACACCAAAUAUAUACAUGUACUAUACCGGUACAUUUGUAUAUUCUCACUUGGAUUACAAAAUAUUCUCACUUGGAUUACAAAAUAUAUACAUGUAUAUAUUCUCACUUGGAUUACAAACCCUAACAUUCUAAUAUUAAUUCCACCAAGUGAAGUGCAAGAAUCGAAAUUAUUAAUUUCAAAUGCCCUGCCGGGGCUAAGGUUCGAGUGGAAAUACCCAACCCCCGGGAUGUGCUUUACAGGAAAAUGGCUGGGCGAGGGGGAUGGGCACACUUGGAUUUGGCUGAUGCAUUAAAAGUCAUGGAAAAAGAAAAAAACUUUUCAUAUUGCUACUAUAAAAUGGCUCAUUGUGCUUAUUCCUGUGCUUAUUCCAAACUGCUUGUCAAAUAUUUACUUGCUAGAAGUAGAAAUUUACUCUGACCACUGGAUGAAGAAGACAUUAAAUAAGUACUGGUCAAUAAAUAGAAAUGUAUUUUAUUUCAUAGUAUUACAAUUUUAUUUUUAUACUAUAAAAAUAAAAUAUAAACAUGCGGCAUAGAAUAUGCAAAUUCGAGGCAAUAUUAUUGUUGAAUCGGUUUAUUUAUAGGAUUUUAUAACAAAUAGCAACUAUAAAAGUUUGUACCUUGUCUUCACAUCGCUUUAUUCUGUUAGCCAAUGCUUUUAAAUUUACAUAUUUUAGAAUCAGUUCCUUUCCUGGUAACUGCAUUUCUAAAUGAAAUCAUCGUGAGUAGUGAGUGCUGAGCAGGCCGUUUUACUAUAAACAAAUUUUAGGAAUUGACAACAACUUUGAAAAAUAUAUCGUUGCACAUUCGGUCACAGUCGGAAAAAUGUUUGUACCGUCGCUUGCAACUAACGAUGAACAGUUGCUCAUAAAAACAUUCGCGUGAUUAGAAUCUUCAAUGUUUGUCAAGAACAACAACACUUAAUUGUUGUUUCCCAUGUGUACAGUGGACAAUAAUAAGUAACAAAACUUUGUGUGGUCUGAACGUGUUGGGCUAGAGACUUACUGAAAACUUUUACAGGCCUUUUAAUGAGAAUAGAGAAUGUUUUAUCUGCAACUGUUCACCCUUAGUUGCAACCGACGGUAUUUGACAGCAUAAAAUUGCCUGUGGCUGUGAUAACUGAUAUAAAUAAAAUACAGUCUGGUUAUACUGACUUGAGCGUGUCAUGACAAACUCUUUAUUGGAAAAUUGUGAAGAAAUAGUCGAAUAUAGAGGGUCGAAUAUCAUACUUCAACUUGUAUAUAUAGCUACAGUAUCAUUGGUACAUAGCGUUGUGAAGACAAGCCUUUGCUUACCUUUCGCUUCAGCAGUCUUUUUUUCCAUGCUUCUCUACGCUUUCCCAGGCGAGCUUCUCUUUCCUCAGCAGUCUCCUCGAGCAAACGUUGUCGUCUUCGCUAGCUCCCUCCUUUUCGCUAGACGUUCGGCUUUCUUGUCGUUUCCUUGCCGCUCUUCAUUUGGCUCCAUACAGUAGUCGAUAUCUUUUCAAUUAGUAUUUGAUACCGUAAUUGUUUUAUUAAACUUUUUAUAGAACAAAUUGCUUUGAAAGCUGUCAAAGUUUUUUGCAAACGUACAAAAUAUUGCAGUGCAAAAAGCAAAAUAUUUUCAUGAAGUAUCUGUCAGUUGAAGUCGUCAUUCGUCGUACAACAACAAAUUUUAAAUUUGACCAAUCAGUGUUCGCUAUUCAUGACAGUCCGCCAUAUUUUUGAGAUCAGUGAGGAUGACCACCCACCGAAACACGCACAGUGACCCACGCCCGCGAUAUUUGAUGAACUUCAGACUUCCCUAAUGCUUUCGUUUCCCCGGGUGUAAAUAGCCGGGGGGAAUUAGUACCCUCGCACGGCGCUUCGCGCCGCCGGCUCGGGGACAAGAUUUCGUGAUCUACAGUACCAAGCGAUUUCUUGAGGUCAAGAAACAUAGAUAUCUACGCAAUUACGUUUCCCUUGCUUGUGUAUUGGGACAACUUUUGCGCAUUUCCAUUCAUUGGGAAAUAUUCCUGUGAUAAUAGAACGAUUAAAGAUGAGACUAAGGGAUUCGGCGAUUAAAUCAGGGCACUCUCGAAGUAAUCUAGUGGAGAUUCUGUCCAAGCCAGUUGCUUUUGACCUACAUAGUUUGGACAAAAGUAUAGAAACUGUUAAAGUUGAGAGGUCGCAUUAGUAUUUUGACCAGAUAAAUAAUCGAGGUAGGACCGGUUGCCUUCAUUGAAGUCUGUGUUGCCGCAAGUUUGGGGCCGAUGUUAGAAAAAUAUUCAUUAAACGCAUCGGCGAUUUUAUUAGAAUCAAUUAAGUUACCGUUCAAAUAAAUUUCGGUAAUUUGAGUAAUUUUCCGAAUCUUAGAUGUAAGUUCAUUGAUAAUAUUCUUUUUAGGAUUGCCUUUAUUUUCACAGUUGUUAGCAAGUUGUUCCAUAUGUACUUGUUAACAACUUGUAUCAAGCUAGCUUGAUGGCAUUAUCAGACUUGUUACAAGGUUGUUCUAACAAAUCUGAUCAGUACAGUCAUGAUAUAAGAAUAUUACAAGGUUGACAAUAUUGUUAUUUAUUUUUUAUCAGUGAAAAUGAAGCAAUCUGAUUGGCUGAGGAGCCUUUCAGAGCGGGCCGGUUUUUUGCAUCCGGCCCGCUCUGAAACGCAACUGCCCGCUGUGAAAUGCAACUGCCCGCUCUGGUUUUCGCGGCAAAAACUGAGGAGUGAAACAAUUUUUAAACGAAAAAAUCUGCCAAAAACGUUUGAAAAACAUAGCCUAACGAUAGUCAAAAUACAAAAAUGAAUUGCAUCAAGCCCUAAAGGCUUCAUACUAAGCACGAUGUUCACGAGAAUUGACAAUACUUUGAUAGAAAUGCGACCGAAAGUCGGAAAGUAGUUGACAUGUAUAAAACUUACGUCGAGAAAACUAUAUAUUUUUAAAUGCUCAUGUAUUCGGCCACUUAAAAGCGAAAAAAAUUAUAAUACAGCUUAAACAGAUAUUGUAAAAUAAAUGUUUUCCUAUUUAAAAGAAGGUUUAACUGCAGCAGUGAAAACAAGUCACAAAUAUAUUCUCUACCAAUUUGUGUCAUGUAUGACACACUUUUUUCAAGCAUAUCGUGAAACAACAAGAAAAAAUACAAAAAUAUAAAAAUAACAUAACUUUUUCAUUGUCCUUUUAGUAGAAAAACGUUAAUUAAAUCAAAACAGAUUCAUUUUUAUAUGUUUUUGAUCGGAUCUGAACAUGAACCUGUCGUUGUCAGGAGCAACUUGUCAAAGCCAAAACGCCAGGCAUAUUAAAAAAAUUUUAUUCCAAAGCUUCUCUCAGUUCUCUGCUACCAUAUUCAUGAAAAAAGCAUGUACAUUUUUACUGAAACUAUACGUCUUUUUGUGUGUUUCUUGCCAGUUUUCUCGAGUUUUCGUAUUCGUGUUUUAUAUCUUUUAACUUUUCAAUUUUUGUCAGCCUCGCUUUGAAAAUACACAACUGCACUGAUCUCAAAUUAGUUCGCAAGCAACACUGGAAUUUUAAUCAAUUUAAUUUUUACAUCUAAUAAAAAAUAAACACGUUAUUUACCGGCAGCGUCGGUCCGGAUGAGAAAAACUGUGCCCUCGAACUUGAAAACGUCCCUCGCCCUUCGGGCUCGGGCCGUUUUCAAGACCUCGGGCACAGUUUUUCUCAUCCGGACCUCGCAGCCGGUAAAUAACAUAUAUAUCAUGACUGUAUCGGACCUGUUGGAACAACCUUACAACAAACAAAUCCAAUAAUAUCAACAAUGUUACAAGUUGUUAACAAGUUGUUCCAUACUUCUUGAUAACUUGGGACAACCAGUAGGAGCACAACUUGUUGCUAGCCUGUUUGGCAGACUUGCUACAAGAUGUGAGCUUUUUACUACGUGUGUAGAUAAGCAAAUGUUCAACUGCUGAACUUACAAAACGUUCAAAUUCCCAAUAGUCUUGUUUAAGUUAUUAUUUGCCAUUCAUCUUUGAUACAAUUUUUAGACUUUGAAGCGAAAGGAACUGCGCCAACAUUUGAAUGAUGGAUUGAUAAAUCAUGGUGGUCAACUACUGCGGUAUACUCUCGCCGUUGCUUCUCAACUAAACGACUUCAUCCCACGUCCAGAAUAUACAGGGAUGUUGCAGAAAAUCCGAGACGACAUCACUGAGGUUCGCUCUGGCUUGGCCGAGAAAUUCGUCAUGGUUGUUGGAAAGUUAACUGGCUUGGAAAGACGGAUUGAAAGCUUGGAAUCCAGUGGUGGGGCUGAUACAAAGAUUAGAAAUGAAGUGCAUGAGAUACAAAAUAAAACUAGAGACCUUACUACUGAAUGCGGCAACUUACGUGAACGGAAUAUGAGUUUAGAACGAGAAGUGAGAGAUAAGGUCUCAAUUAUUGAUCGUUUGCGAACUAGGAUGGAUCAAACGGAUGAAUCUCUUGCUCUGAAUACAGUCAAAAUUACCGAUUUGGAGUCCCGAAGAGGACCAGGUGCACAACACGCUAUCCACAGUUAUAACGGCACUUUACUGUGGAAGAUCGAAGGCUAUCAGAGAAAACGGCAAGAUGCUAUUAAUGGGGUAAAGACAGCCUUGUACAGUCCACCUUUCUACAGCGCUCAGUAUGGUUGCAAGAUGUGUGCUAAAAUAUAUAUGAAUGGAGAUGGUUUCGGAAAAGGAUCGCAUUUGUCGUUGUUUUUCGUUGUGAUGAGAGGCGACUACGAUGCUCUUCAAACCUGGCCGUUUCAAAAGAAGAUCACGAUGAUGCUGUUGGAUCAAGGCAAUGGAGAUCACAUGAUUGAUGCGUUUAAUUCAGACCCUCAAAGCUCAUCCUUUCAACGUCCCAAGUCUGAUAUGAAUAUCGCUUCGGGUUCCCCACUCUUUAUGCCACUGGAUAGCUUGAGUAAUCGUCAAUACGUCAAGGAUGAUGUCAUGUUUGUGAAGAUCAUCGUCGACUGAACAAGAUGUUGUAGAUUCUCAGAUCAUUCUAUUUGGUCCGUAUGUGUGGAAGAAGGCUAAGAAUUGGGGAGAUUUUGUGCCAUGUGUUGAAAGUUGUUUAAAAAUGUAUUGUCAACCAAAACAUGUAGAAUUUUGUGUCUUCAUCAACAAUGCUUAGUGGCAGUUAGCGUUCCAAGUUGAAUGCUGAAGAUGUAGACGCUAUCUAUAUACAAGUUCUAGUUCACUUAUGUUAUUUACUUUGCUGUUAUAAAUGUUGGGUUUUAGGUUAUUGUUUCAUGUUCAGGAUUUGAUAUUCACCUUAUACUUGUAGUUUGAAAAGGAUUAUUAAAAAUUUUGUUAUAUUUAUUUUCGUGCGCUUUUUUCAGGAACAAACAAAUCCUUGAUAUCACAUGUUCAGUUAGAGUGUGGUUCUCUCAAUGAGUCGUCGAAACGUGCAUCAUUUUGGUUAUGAGAAGGAUCAGAAAGAACGACACAAGUGCUGGUAUGCAACGACUCGACGACACACUGGCCUGAUCAAUGUACGAAGUUUGGUUCUAUGAGCGUUGACGAACGAAUAAACCUUGCAAAAUCCAAUCACGUGUGUUUCAGCUGCUUGAAAAGAGCUGGUCGAGAGCACAAACAAGCAAAUUGCAAAAGAAGACGUCAGUGCGCGAAGACAGAAAAGGGAGUACAAAGUACUUAUUACCAUCACCCAUUACAUUUAUAUUUGUUGGGGGGAGGUUGGGGGGUUCGUAUAUAAUAUUCCAUAUGUUCUACUGUUUUAUAUAUCAUGCCCCUCCUGUAAAUCAGCUUUUAGUUGUGCGAGGCUAGCGUGUUUUGAUUUUCAAUAAAAUUGAUUGAUGAUGAUGAUGAUGAUGAUGAUUGAUGACAUAAGAGUAAUGCAGUCAACAUUGGUGUCGCAUCAUUACACGAGAAUGUAGAAGCAGCAAUGCUUCCUGUUACUUCAGCAGAUAUAUUUGGGUCGAAUAAUCUUCGUAAACGCGGAAACGUACUGUUCGAUUCUGGUGCGCAAGUGAGUUUAAUCAGGCAAGAAACUGCAGAUAGCAUCGGGCUCAAAGGAAAGAAAAUCUCGGUGACUAUAACGAAAGUUGGUGGGCAAAAAGAAGAGAUAAAUACUAACGUUUACAACGUCCCAGUCAGCGCAAUUGAUAAUCGAAGAACAUAUUCUGUAAAGGCAAUUGGAAUUCCAGUAAUUAGCAGCGAGAGUGGUAGCAUUGAUACAGGGAGCAACAUGGAGCAGCUCGGCCUGCCUGGAGAAAGAAUAAGAAGAAAUAAAGGUCCAAUUGAUCUCCUAAUCGGAAUUGACCACGCUCAGUUGGCCCAACGAAGCAAAAGGAUCACAUCGUUGCAAGAAAAUCCCCAUUAG